CUGAAGUGGCAAUGGGGCGGGCAUAUAACUCGAAGAACCGACAGCCGAUGGGGAAAAAAGGUUCUCGAGUGGCGGCCUCGUACCGGCGGACGAAGUGUAGGACGUCCCCCCACUAGAUGGAUUGACGACCUGGUAAGAUAUGCAGGAAGUCGAUGGAUGCAGGUGGCUCAGGACCGUGCUUUGUGGCAUUCCUUGGGGAGGCCUAUGUUCAGCAGUGGACAUGUGAAGGGCUAUAAUGAUGAUUAUGAUGAUGUAUAUUUUAUUCUAUGA